CCACCCCAUCGCACAAAACCUGGCGGUGGCACCCUGCGGAGAUGCAUCCGAUCGCUCUGAACCAUGGCGCGGGAGGUUGGAAUUUGGAUGUUCAACCCUCAACACUCAACUCCACUUAAGUUCUUGAUGGAUGUUAUUUUGGAUCCCGAUCCCUUUCUCCCUGCCACCCACAUGCCUACUUAGUACUUACUUACAUACAUACAUACAUACAUACAGUCUGACUCCACUAUACGCAAGCUGCAACUGCAGGCUGCGGGUUUUGGCUUGGACGGGCAUGCUGAAGAUUCAGAAAAGUAAGACAGCGGCGGGCCCAGAACACGGUGUCGGUGGUGGUGGUGUUGUUGUUGUUUUGGUGUGGUUCGCCACCGAAGCGCCAAGUCGGGCUGCGGGAUCGUCAUGGCUGGGUGAAGUGAGGUGAGGUGUGGUGAGGUGCAAGGUGCACGGUGCCUGCAUUGAGUGGAUUCUUGGUUUUUUUUUUUUUUUGGU